AGAGGUCUUUGGCAGAGCCGAGCGAGCGGCCGAGAGAGAAGGCAGAAGCGGCGAUUCGGGUGCGGGCGGGCGCAGGAGGAGGAGGAGGAAGAAGGAGAGGAAGAAGAAGAAGGAGAAGCCAGCGGCGGCAGCAGCGGAGGGGAGAGGGGGGGGGCAACCGCGGGGCAGGAAGAGCCGGCUCGCGAAGGGAGGGGCCGCGAGGGAGGCCUCCGCGCAGGCGCACCGCGGGCCCCCUCCCCGACGAAGCGACUCUCUCUCUCUCUCUCUCCCCCCCCCACAAGUCCCCGCGCGCCGAGGGAUCCUGACAGGCCUCGCUCGAGACUCCGCCCGGGAGGGGCCGCCGGCCGGGGGGGCACCAUGUCCUCCCCCAGCCCGGGCAAGAGGCGGAUGGACACCGACGUGGUCAAGCUUAUCGAGAGCAAACACGAAGUCACCAUCCUAGGAGGACUCAACGAAUUUGUAGUGAAGUUUUAUGGACCACAAGGAACACCGUAUGAAGGUGGCGUGUGGAAAGUUCGCGUGGACCUUCCUGACAAAUACCCUUUCAAAUCCCCAUCUAUAGGAUUCAUGAAUAAAAUUUUUCAUCCCAACAUUGACGAAGCGUCAGGAACCGUAUGUCUAGAUGUAAUUAAUCAGACUUGGACAGCUCUCUACGAUCUCACCAAUAUAUUUGAGUCGUUCCUGCCUCAGUUGUUGGCCUAUCCCAACCCCAUAGACCCGCUUAAUGGCGACGCCGCAGCCAUGUACCUUCACCGACCAGAAGAAUACAAGCAGAAAAUUAAAGAAUACAUUCAGAAAUAUGCAACAGAGGAAGCCCUCAAAGAGCAGGAAGAAGGCACCGGGGACAGUUCUUCCGAGAGCUCCAUGUCUGACUUUUCAGAGGACGAGGCCCAAGAUAUGGAGUUGUAGUAGGAGCCGCGUUCCUGCUUUUCGGAGAGACUGUGAUUUCCUAACCAUGCGCUGAGAAGCAGACUUAUAACAUUCAUAUUUAAACAAAGCAAUUUUUUUAUUACUAAACAAGGUUUUUAUGAAUAAUAGCAUUCAGAUAUAUAUACAUAUAUAUAUAUCACCCUCUAGAUCUUGAUUUUUUUUUUUUUUUUGGUCAUUUCUCAGAGCCCAAUCCCAUCCCCCGCCCCCACCUCGAAAAACAAAAAGGCAUCGCGGUGCAUUUCCGACAUUCCACUUGGUAGCAAUAUGAACCUGGGUGCAUGCCUGCAUCUCUUCGUAAUUCCAUUUCAGCUAAGUUCAAACUCCCCUUCUCCUUCUGUUCCCUCCACACAAACCCAACUCCAAAAAAAAAAUAUCUGCUGCUUUGCUCUGGAGAGAAUCUGGAUAAUGCCUCCUUCCUCGUUUUUCAAUUGCCCUCCGUUUUUUUCUUUUUUUUUCCUUCCUUCCUUCUUUUUUUUUUUUUUUUCUUCUAAGUCGAGCGUUCCAAAGACAGCGACAUAACACCUUUGGAUGCAAACGUGGAACAGCACUUGUGAGAAUGUAAAAAGUAGAAAAAAAAAAA